AUGCAUUAUAUUCAUGGUAUACCGGUCUGUCCACCAUUAUGUCCUCCAUUAGUACAUGAUGAUUUAGUUUCUUCAUCUGAAGAGAAUCUUCAUCAUCAUCAUCAUCAUCAUCGAUCAAAUUUUUUAACGAAUCAAAAAUUAAGUACAUAUGCAAAACAAUUUAGUCGUCAUUUUAUUUUUCCAUUUUCUCGAAAAGAAAAUUUUGACAAUGAAACAGCUUUUGAUGAAGAAUUUGAUGAAAUAUCUUUGUCAGACAAUUAUUUUAAUUCUCAUGGAAAACCAGAAAUUUCUCAUGAUGAAAGAACGGAUAGAAGACAAAGUUCUAUGGUAGUUGGUGCUGAUGGAUUGCCGAUCACGAAAAGAAUUCUUCCAGGCAUAACUAAUAUUACAAAUAAUCACAAUAACACAAUAACUGAUGAUGGAAUGGGGAAAACGACAAAUGGGAGUAUUAACAAUGGAAAUAAUGUAUCCGGUGAUCAACAAGCAAAUAAUGCAUUUUAUAAUUGUAUUGAUAGUGCACCGGAUAUACCUGAACGAGGAAAAACUGUUCCAUUGGGUCUUGAUAUGGGUUUAUCAUUGAGUAAACGUUCAGCAGGAGUUCCUAGUGCAAUUGGAAGACAUAAUUUGAACGAUGAAGAACUUCGUACACAUGUAUAUAAAAAAACUCUUCAAGCAUUAAUCUAUCCAAUUUCAUUAACAACUCCUCAUGAUUUUGAAUUUUGUUCAUUUACACAUCCAACAUAUUGUUAUGAAUGUGAAGGUUUAUUAUGGGGUAUUGCAAGACAAGGUUUAAAAUGUCGAGAAUGUGGUGUUAAAUGCCAUGAAAAAUGCAAAGAUCUUCUUAACGCUGAUUGUCUUCAACUUCAUGUGGUCUAUCCGAAUGAUGAUCCAGAAGAGACUUACUACAUGACCGUCGAGGAGCAACGACGUGCACAGAAAAAUGCCAAACAUGGUGCCGAUGAUAAGGCAAAAAACUUAAUGGAAGCAAUGCAUGAAAAAAUGACACUCAGGGAAACUACACGACCUCUUUUAUUUAAGACAAUCAGAGAUGUAUUUAAUGUUGAUGAAAAAUCUCAUGUUGGUCAUAUGAAAGCUGUUAAACAGAGUGUACUUGAUGGUACAUCAAAGUGGUCAGCCAAAUUGGCGAUAACUGUGAUAAGUGCACAAGGUUUAAUAGCUAAAGAUAAAUCUGGAACAUCAGAUCCAUAUGUAACUGUUCAAGUAGGAAAAGUAAAAAAACGUACAAAAACAGUUUAUUCAGAAUUAAAUCCAACAUGGAAUGAAAAAUUUUUCUUUGAAUGUCAUAAUUCAUGUGAUCGAAUUAAAGUUCGAGUAUGGGAUGAAGAUGAUGAUAUUCGAGCAAAAUUAAUGCAAAAAUUAACUCGUGAAUCAGAUGAUUUUCUUGGACAAACAAUAAUUGAAGUUCGAACAUUAUCUGGUGAAAUGGAUGUUUGGUAUAAUUUAGAAAAACGAACAGAUAAAUCAGCUGUUUCUGGUGCUAUUCGUCUUCAUAUUUCAGUUGAAAUAAAAGGAGAAGAAAAAGUAGCUCCAUAUCAUGCACAAUAUACUUGUUUACAUGAAAAUUUAUUUUAUACAUUAUGUGAAAAUAAUAAUGGUCAACCUAUUAUUCCAGAAGCUAAAGGAGAUGAUGCAUGGAAAGUUUAUUUUGAUGAACCUUCUCAAGAAAUAGUCAAUGAAUUUGCUAUUCGUUAUGGUAUUGAAUCAAUUUAUCAAGCUAUGACACAUUUUGCAUGUUUAUCAACAAAAUAUAUGUGUCCCGGUGUUCCUGCUGUGAUGAGUACACUUUUGGCGAAUAUUAAUGCUUACUAUGCACAUACAACAGCAACAACUGCUGUAUCAGCUGCAGAUCAAUUUGCUGCUUCGAAUUUUGGAAAAGAGAAAUUUAUAAAACUACUCGAUCAAUUACACAAUUCAAUUCGUAUUGAUUUAUCAAUGUAUCGAAAUAAUUUUCCUUCGUCAAGUAUGGAUCGAAUGCAAGAUUUAAAAUCCACAGUUGAUCUUCUAACAUCUAUCACAUUUUUUCGUAUGAAGGUACAAGAAUUAAGUUCACCACCACGUGCAUCAGCUGUUGUUAAAGAUUGUGUCAAAAAUUGUAUUCGUCAUACAUACAAUUUUCUAUUUGCUAAUUGUGAUGAAGUUUAUAAACGAGAAUCAAAACAACAAACAAAUACAACAACAACAACAACAUCAAUCACAGAUAAUAAUGAACAAAAUGACGAUGGAAUCCAAACAUUAUCUACAACAACGAAUGUUGUUGGUCCUAGUCUUAAAAAUUUACAAUUUUGGCAUCAACUUAUGUACUUAUUAACAUGUAUUAUAUCUGAAGAUAGAGAACGAUAUAGUUUGGUACUUAAUCAAUUUCCAUCGGAACUAAAUGUAGGCCAUAUUAGUGCAGAUACUUUAUGGAAACUUUUAUCAGUUGAUCUUAAAGAUCAUCUUGAAGAACAUGCUCGAAUUCCAGCUGAACGUCGUGAAGUGAAAAGUGCUGAUUAUAUGAAUCUCCAUUUUAUGGUCAAACGAUUUUAUGAUACAUCAGUUAAAAUAAUUCCUGAAGCGAAAAAUAUUGUUCCAGAAUAUCCAAAUGCAUAUACGCCUAAAGAUUUUAAACGAUGGUUUGAACCAUUUGUAAUGCAAUGGCUUAAUGAAAAUGAUGAUAUGUCAAUGGAAUAUCUUCAUAAUGCACUUGAAAAAGAUCGACAAACAGGAUUUCAACAAACAUCUGAACAUUGUUUAUUUUCUUCAUCAGUUGUUGAUGUAUUUACACAAUUAAAUCAAUGUCAUGGAAUAAUAAAAACUCUUGAUCUUCAUGAUCCAAUUGUUAUAGCUAAAUAUAUGAAACGUUUUUCUGUAACUAUAUCACAAGUUUUACUUGGUUAUGCAAAUGCUAUACGUCGUACAUUUGAAUAUGCUGGAGGACAAGAUAGAAUUUGUUCUAUAUUAAUGAAUAAUAUUCAACAAUUAAGAUUAAAUUUAGAACAAUUAUAUGAAUUAAUGGGUGGAGCACAAUUAGAUGAUGAAACUAAAACAAUGCUUAAUGAUUUACAAAGACAAUUAAGUGAUGUUCUUGAUGAAUUAAGCGCAACAUUUGUUAAAAGUAUUGAACCAACAAUAAGACAAUGUAUUGAAGAAGUUUAUAAACAAUUACAACAAAUUAAAGGAAAUCAAAUUGGAACUGGAAAUACAAGUGGACAACAAAAAGGAGCUGAAGCUAUGCUUGUUACGAAACCAUUAUUAGAUUAUCUUGAUCAAAGAUUAACUUUCUUCGCAAAUCAAUGUGAAAAAACCGUAUUAAAACGUCUUCUAAAAGAAUUAUGGAAAGCUGUUAUUAGUGAUUUAGAAAAAGUUAUUGUUUUACCACCAUUCUCAGAUUCGAAACAUCUCUUAACAAUUCCAUCAGCAAGAAUAGAAGAUGCUUAUCGACUUUUAUCUGGGGAAUUAGGUCGAGAUAGUGAUCGAAGUUUAACUCAAAAACAAUGUCAAAUAUUAGAUCGUGGUUUAGAAGAUUUAAAAGAAUUUUUUCAUGCAUCUGGACAAGGUUUAAAACGAAAUUAUUUAGAAAAAACAUUAGAAUUACAAUCACUUAAAUAUGCUCUUUCAUUAUAUACACAAACAACUGAUUCAUUAAUUAAAACAUUUGUUAAAACUGAAAGAGAUCAAGAUCGACCAGCAUUAGAAGAAUCUUUUGGUGAAGUAUCAAUUCAAGUUGAUUUAUUUACACAUCCAGGUAGUGGAGAACAUAAAGUUACUGUAAAAGUUGUUGCUGCAAAUGGUCUUAAAUGGCGUACAUCAGGAAUGUUUCGACCAUAUGUUGAAUUAGCUAUGUGUGGUCCUCAUUUAAGUGAUAAAAAACGUAAACAAACAACGAAAACAAAAAGUAAUACAUGGAUACCAAAAUAUAAUGAAACAUUUCAUUUUCUAUUGGGUAAUGAAGAAGAACCAGAUUGUUAUGAAUUAAAUAUUGCUGUAAAAGAUUAUUCAUUUAUGCGUGAAGAUCGUUUAAUUGGUUUAAAUGUUAUAAAAUUAUCACAAGUAUGUGAACAAGGUUCAUGGUCAUCAUGGGUACCACUUGGUUCUCGGAUUAAUUUUGAUGAUACAGGUUUAACUAUAUUAAGAAUAUUAUCACAUCGAACAAAUGAUGAAUUAGCAAGAGAAUUUGUUGCACUUAAAUCAGCUCGACGGCAUAAGGAAGAAGUAUGA